AUGGUUUCCGAGAACGCAGCAAGUGAGCUCAAGAUCUUGGCGAGUAAUUUGGAGCUGUAUCUGGAUUCGAAGGGAUUUCAAAACACAUCCCUCGACGAGGUUUAUCUACCUCAAGUCUCUCCUCCGAUGGUGUCGCUGACGAGGGAUAUUUCGCGCAUGAUCGUCAGUGCGGAAGUGCCAACGCUGGCCAAACCUCGUCCCUGUGACUUCAAUGCAGCAGCCACCGGGAGCGGCUUCACUAUGGGUGCAGCAGCUUUCUCCUCAAGUGGCUUCAUGUUUGGUCCAGCAACGCCAAAAUCCCAGCAAGAGAAGACACAAGAACUAGGCGAGUUCGAGCUGCGACUCUUCUUCGCUAUCACGACUCAUGCAGUGGCACCUCUACUCCAUUCGCUCUGCGAUGUGGGCGAUCUCGCUCGACGAAUGCAGGAGUACGUGUUUUGCCACCCGAAGGUGAGUGGCAGCAAGAUCCACGUAUUCUGCGAGAGCACGGCUGGGAAGCGCAAGAAGUACACGAAGUUGGUGAAGCACCUCUCCACAGCUGCCGCUGCGCUUAAGUCCACGCCCAGCUGCGUGUGA